AUGACAUUUUUACUUCACCAUGUCGACCACUGGGUGAAGAACCUGAAGCUUCCUGGAUCCAAAGCCAACAUCUUCUACCGCGAGGCUGGCUCAGACACCGCCCCAGUCAUGCUUCUGCUGCACGGCUUUCCCUCAUCCUCCCACCAGUACCGCAACCUUAUUCCGAUUCUUGCGCCAAAGUACCAUGGCUUCAGCUACACCUCCAACGCCCUUGCUGGCGUGAUAUUAGAGUUUCUCGAGAUACUCUCUAUCAAGAAGUACUCUGUCUUCAUCUUUGACUAUGGCUCUCCAGUCGGUCUGCGUCUCGCGCUCAAAAACCCCGAUGCCGUUCAAAGCCAGAUCCGCGAACUCUGGACUAGCAACAACGAUCCCGCCGUGAGAUCCAAGCUCGCGGCCAGUCUGCUUAGUCUUGAGGCCACAAAGUGGCAGUAUGAGGAAGGGACGACAGGGCUCGUGGCGCCUGAAUCCUACGCGCUGGAUUAUGCCCUCCUUCAGCGUCCUGGACAGACUGAGAUCCAACUCGACCUGUUCUUGGACUACCAGACCAACCUUAAGCUCUACCCUCAGUUCCACGAGUAUUUCCGGACCUCGCAAGUCCCAUUGCUGGCUGCUUGGGGGAGGCAUGACCAGAUCUUCAUUCCUGCUGGGGCAGAGGCUUUCAAGCAGGAUCUUCCCAAGGCAGAAGUGCAUCUUCUGGAUGCAGGCCACUUUGCCGUGGAAACUGACACUGCGGAGAUUGGGGCGUUGAUUCUGGACUUCUUGGCCCGUAAUGGGAUUUGA